CCGUGACAUAUGCGCGCCCUCAAUGGCACGGAAGAACGUCGUUAACACACAUGGUCGUAUUCGGUGAUUCUCUUAGUUCCAAACCUUGGAAAACUUGGGUGGACUAUAUCCCACGGCAGCGUGAUCUCUCGGGGAUGUCAAUUCACAACUUCGCCGUACCUGGUGCAACGGCUGAGGACGAUCUCGCCGAACAGCUUGCCCAUUUCUUCGCCAGAUUUCCAAAGAAGCAGCUGCCUGCCUCUCAACCGGUGUUAGACCCUAGUCAGACCCUUUACGUUCUGUUCCUCGGUGUCAACGACUGUGGCAGAACAGAGGAGGACGAGCUCGAGGCAAUAAUAGAAGGUAUUUUUGAUGCGGUACACGACCUGUACGUGAAGGCAGGUGCAAGAAACUUCCUUUUCGUGGAUGUUCCACCCAAGGAUCGAUCUCCUGCAGCUGUAGACUUCGUGCACGAGAUACGCGCCCGCAUUGAGACGUGGAACGGUACGCUGCGCACUCUCGCAAGUGAUUUCGCGCAAGAGGCAUCUCAAGCUUCGGUGUUCGUGUUUUCUUCUCAUGUCGUCGUCGGGGACAUCCUUGACAAUCACGAGAACUAUGGCUUCACCGAUGACGAUAUCGCUGAAGAGGGCGGUAAUUUUUGGCUUGACGAUCUCCAUAUAACCGGCGACGUGCACGAAGUGCUCGCGGAACGGUUGAUCAAAGCCUUACUCAGCGUUCAAGCGCGUUCCACAGAAGAGUGA